GCUCGUACACUUUUUCAUCUGUCUGCGCGAACCGUCUGGGCUCCAUGUGUAACACACGCCUCUCGCCAGGUAUUUAUUUGAUUGUAGUUCAAUCAUCUCUUCUUUUAAGGAGUAUUUAAAGGACUGGGUAAUAGGAUGUCUUGUUUUCUUCCCGUGUGUUCAGUGAAAGGAAGCUCAAAAACUCAAUAGUUUUUAUUUGUUAACUCAUUCGGUGCCACAUAUGGUGAAUUCUCAGCUAAGUAACGGGGUGACCGGCAGGGGAAGUGGUAAAACCCUUUUGGAUAAACAGCUAGCUGGUGCUACAAAGAAAACUGCUUUAAAAGACUUACAAAAUCAAAAUGGAAGGCAGUUAACUAAACUUGGAGACAGUUCACUAAUAUUGGGCAAAAAACUUGGAGCAGAUGGAACAAGAGUUUGCGGCAGUAAGAGGCUCACACCCGAGAGCCCUUCAAGUCCCGUUUGCCACAUGUCAUUAGCCAGUAAUGGUGCAAGUGAGCAUAUAAUCAAUGCUCGGAGACGGUUUGAAUUAGAACUGGGUAGGGGAAGAGUCCAAAACGAUUUAGACAAAUAUGUAGAUUUAAUACCUCCAAAGCGUAACGAUGUUCAUCAGAUGCCGAAUCAAUCGAAGGAGAACAAUAUCAGCGAUGCCUCUAUAACUAUGCCCUAUAAUAAUAUCACUUACUCACAGAGUAGAGCACAAGUUUCCCUUUCAGAUGGCAAGGCUAAUACGGCCCCACUGUUUGAGAGAGCUGAUUCUGCUCAUAAGUUUAUCUCAGAUAACUCUCAUUCAGUUGAGUUCAAGGUGGCUGAUGAUCAGCUCCGGACAGAACGUUUUGCUCGUCUCCAUAAAUUACUGAAGAAGUGUGAUGAGUCUAGCUAUUGCGAUUACACUCAGAUGCUUCUACGUCUAUCCCCUAGUGAACUCAGCAGACACGCUGUUGAUCUGGAAAAAAGGGCCAUCCAAUUGGUGAUAGAUGAAGGUAAUACACUACCAUUGCUUAUAUGAAGAUUUUCUUAUUGAUAUUUGUAUCUCCAGUUUUAGUGUGGAGCUGGCGUGAUAAAUUUGCAUCUCCUUGCACAACUUUCUUGUGUUAUUUCAUUGUGUAUACCAAAACUAUCUCAUUUUCUCACCAUUGAGUAAUUGAACCUUAUUUUCAUAGAGGUUAUAAUGCUUUAGUAUGCUUUUUGCCCCUGCACAUAUAGCGGUAUUUGCUUUAGGCCCCUGUAGAUCUUGUCUUUGUUAUUCUUCACUGAAUUUUACAUUGUUAUCCUUUGUUCAUCUUUCUCAACCUUCGCAUAAUAAAAAAGCUGGUGUCCCUCACAAAACUUUAUAUGGCUUAUAACAACUUUACUCAAACCUUCUAUAACUCAAUGUCAACUGUUAGGGAGUUGGCUAAAUGAAACUUACUAUUCUCACUUUUAAUUUAGGGCUAACUAAAAUUCAGUAAUCCCCUUGGAAUAACGUACUAAACAUUAUAAAAAUUACAAAGCCAGAUGUUUUUUAAACUGACGUUGAUAGGAUGAUGGACCAAAAAGAAAAUAAUGUAAAUUUAUGGGGAUGAAUAUCAAUAUCAUUUUACUACAGAGACUUAGAAAAUGCUAUAUUUUUAAGGACAAGAAACAUAUCUAAGACUACUUGAUUUAAUAAUUCCACAUUAAUUUUGAUGUCUUUGACUGAGGUUACUAUAACAUCAAUUAGAAAUCAGAAGAGAGCUAGUGGUUUGGUUUUUGCGGCAUAUGGUUUAGGUUGUUCUUGUUAUCCUUCAAAACUAACAUAGAACAUGCAGCUGCAACUAUCUUUACAACCAAAUAGAAUGCUUCUACAACUGUCUUUUCUUUUUGUUGUAGGAAAGGAAAUAAACCGGGGGAAAAUGUUAAAUAUUCUCCGAAAGUCUCCUCCAGAUUCCACACCUUUGCAAACAGCACAACUGCUUCAGCCCAAACAUGAAUAGUUACAGGAAAUUAUUUUACAUCCUGUUGGUGAAAGACUCUCGCCUUAUACUUUGUUUCUGACGGGGGAGGGGGACACAAUCCUCCUAGAAAUGCUUUUGGGCAUAUGCAGUGAGAUCAAUUAUAGUCACAUACUCACAUGGAGGGAGUGAGGUUUUGGUUUUUGCAGCACAAGCAAAUUACUCCGGUAGUACAUCUUCUCAGGUUGAAUGUGUGUUUACAUCUUUUCGCUACAUAUUUUUAUUUCCUUUAAUCUCUCUCUGUUCAGUCCAGUGCCCAAAUGGGAAAGCUAUAAGCUUACUCCCUCACAAUUGUUAGUCAGUGCAAAUGUGCAAUAAACAUUUACCCUAGUCAUAUUAGACUCAAAUUAUUGGUUUUCUCAUAAAUUGAUACUUAAAUCCACAUUGAUUAUUAUUUUUGCUCUUUACUUGUGUGGGCAAUACCAUAAACUUCAAGGUAUUAGGCUACUUGUGAUUUAAAGGGAUUGUUGUGCCC